AUGAAUCAUCAUCGUUCGAAUUCGACACGUCGAGGAUCUGUAUCAUCUUCAACAAGUCGUACAUAUUAUAAUAAAACAUUUGAAGAUACAACAGAUUUGUUUUUAUUCGCUUGUGCACAUGGUGAUUAUACAUUAGUACAUCGUCUUUUAUUAGAAGGUGAAGUUAAAGCUGAUGUAAUGAAUAAAAUGGGUAAAAGUGCAUUACAAUUAGCGAUUGAAAAUGAACAUUUUGAAGUUGUUAAAGUUUUACUUGAUAAAACUGCUUAUGAGAAAUUUCGUGAUGCACUUCUACUAGCCAUUUAUUUGGGUCAUACAAAUAUAGCUGAUUUUAUUAUGAAUCAUCCAACUUAUUUAACAUUUUAUGGAGGUUUUCUCGAUGUAAAUCAUCCUCAAGCUUAUGAUGAUUCACAAUUUAGUUCUGAUAUUACUCCACUUAUACUUGCUGCUCAACAUAAUCGUUUACAAAUCGUUCAUCAAUUAUUAACAAAAGGUGAACGUAUAAAAAAACCACAUGCAAGUAUGUGUCCAUGUGUUGAUUGUGCUGAUAGUUCAGCCUAUGAUUCAUUUCGUCAAGCACAAGUUCGUUUAUCAGCAUAUAAAGGUCUUUCAUCGGAAGUUUAUAUUGCUUUAACAUAUCCUGAUCCAAUUUUACAAGCUUUUGAAUUAAGUCAUGAAUUACGAACAUUAGCAAAAGUUGAACAUUAUUUUCGUGAAGAUUAUGAAAAAUUAGCUAAUCAAUUGUCAGUAUUUGUUACGCGAUUACUUGAUAAUGUUCGAGGACAUGAAGAACUUGAAAUUGUAUUAAAUAAAACUGGUAAACCAAAUGAAGAAAAAUAUGAAAAUUUAGCACGAUUUGAUUUAGCUAUACAAUAUCAAGAAAAAGCAUUUGUAUCACAUUCAAAUUGUCAACAAAAAUUAAUGGAAAAAUGGUAUGAAAAUUUAUCAGCAAUUAAAAAUGCUCAUCUUACUAAACGAGUACUUUUUUAUCUUGCAUUUAUUAUUUGUUUACCAUUUCUAUUAUUGGCUUAUUAUUUAUUUCCAAAAUCAAAAAUUGGUUCAUUAUGUCAUCAACCAAAUUUAAAAUUAAAAACAUAUAUUAUUUCAUAUUUAACUUUUAUUGGUCUUAUUGUUGCUUCAAGCUAUUUUUCUGUAUCACAUUUACAAGAAACUAGAUUACUCUCGAAUGAGAAAGAUUAUGACAAUUAUAUUAGAUAUAUUUAUCAAAAUAUAGAAUUAAGAAAUGCUUUGAUUAGUAAACAUAACAAUAAUAAUAAUAACCGAACAGAUAAUCUUAUUAGUUGUGAUGUAAGUUUACGUUUUAUGGAACCAAAUCCAUUUCAAAUCGCUAUUUUCAUUUGGGUUGUUGGUUUUAUUUGGCAAGAAUUUAAACAAGUAUUUACAUCUGGUAUGCGAGUGUAUUUAACAGCGCACAGUAAUUAUGUUGAUUGUUCAAUGAAUAUUCUUUAUAUUUUAUAUUUUAUAUUUCUUUAUUCAUCAAUGAUUUAUACUCGUACAUCAAUGAAAACAUUUCGUUCAGAGAAAUAUUGGGAGGAUAUUAAGAACUUUAAUAGUUUAACAUCAGAAAAACAAGAUCAUUAUCUUGCUAAAACAUAUCAUAUUCUUUAUUGGCUUAAUGCUGACCGAUAUUAUUGGAAUAGUGGUGAUGCACAAAAUCUAGCUGAAGCAUUUUUUGCUAUGGGAAAUGUUGCUAGUAUUUGUCGUAUUUGUUUUCUUUUACCAAUUAUUGGAUUUGUUGGACCAUUACAAGUAAUGCUUGAACGCAUGCUUAUUGAUAUAUCGAAAUGGAUUGUAAUUAUUUUAAUAUUUUUCAUUGCAUUUGCAUGUUCAUUAUAUUUAAUUUUUUCAUUUUUUGCUGUCGCAAGAGAACAACAAAUUCAAUUGCGUAAUCUUACAUCCUUAAAUGGGCAUAAAUCAUUUAUAUUAUCAUCAAUAACAAAUAAUACUAUUAUAAUACAAAACAACAGUAAAUGUCCACAACUUUUUUAUGACCUUAUGGAAAACUUAAAUGAAACCAUGUAUUAUAUUGAAAAUGAUGAUUCAAACGAGACAGAUAAUAAAAAUACUUGUGCUUGUGAAGAUGAUAAGAAUUAUGAAACGAUUAAAACUAGUGAGAAUUAUGAUAAGAUUAAAAGAGUUGGACCUCGUCCAGCUCUUUAUUAUUUUGGAGAUUCAUUUGGAUCAACAAUAUUAACAACAUUUUUUACUUUAUUUGGAGUUAUUGCUGAAGAUGGAGUGCCAGAUCGAAGUUAUGAACUUAUUUCAUUAACAUGUAAUAAACCUAAUAAAAAAACUUAUGCGCCUGGUUUUGAUUUAUUCACAUCAAAUCUUGGUUUUAUUAUUUAUGGUCUCUUUACAUUUGUUUGUGUUACUGUUCUUAUCAAUACUUUAAUUGCUAUGAUGGAAGAAACAAUAGAUACAAUUGAUGAUAGAGCUGAUGUUGAAUGGAAAUUUGCACGAUCAAGACUUUAUAUGGAAUAUAUACGAGAUGGAAAUACUUUACCUGUUCCAUUAAAUAUUUGUCCAACACCAAAAUCUUUUAUAUAUCAAAUGAAACGACUUAAACAAAAAUUAUUUUCGGAUCAAUCAGCAACAGAUGAUAAUGAACGAGCAAACAAAGAUAAAGAAGAUCAAAUAGGUGAACUUAAUAUUCGACAUCGUAAUAAUGUGAUGAAUGGUGGUAAAAGUACUCUACAUAAUAACUUUGAAAAUGAUAGAAUCUUCGAUCAUUCACGUAAUCAAAUGACGGAUGAAGAAAAAUUAACAUAUAAAAUCGUAACUGAACGUAUUGUUAAACGUUUUUUACUUUAUUAUAAAAAUAAACAUAAUGCAAUGGAUGAAAUAAACGAUGGAAUGGAAUUUAAAGAAUUUAAAAAUGAUAUAUCAUCAUUACGUUUUGAAUUAUUUAAUGAAGUUGAUGUUUUAGAUGAAAUGCGUUUAUCUCUUAUACAAUCAAUGAAAAAACUUAAUGAUGAUUUACAAGGACAUUUCGAUAUUGAACAAAUUAAAAAUCAUUUUAAUAAUCAAAGAAAUUAA